AUGACAACAAGGAACCAGGAAGCCUCAUUGAAGAACAUGGAGAGGCAAAUUGGACAAAUCUCUAAACAGAUCACCAUUGAAAGACCAUCAAGCUCUCUACCAAGUGACACCAUUCCUAAUCCAAGAGAGGAAUGCAAAGCGAUACAACUAAGGAGUGGAAAGAUCCUGGUGAAAAAUGAAGAAGCAACCAAAAAGCCAAGAGAAGGCGACGAGAAACAAGCUGAAAGAGAAAAAGCCAAUGAUGAAGAUGCAACAGCAAGCAAGCAGCCUCAGAAUCAACCUCAAGAAAAAGAAAACAGACCACAAAACCUGAAGAAAGAAAAGAAGACCAUGGAAGAACCAAACCCAAGACAACAUCAAGUGGAGAAGAGCUUGACACCUCCACUGCCUUAUCCCCAAAGAUUCCACAAAGAGACUAAGGACCAACACUUCUCUAAAUUUCUUGAGACUUUCAAGAAGUUAGAGAUCAAUAUUCCCUUGGCUGAGGCACUGGAACAAAUGCCCUUGUAUGCCAAAUUCUUAAAAGAACUCAUCAACAAGAAAAGGAGUUGGAAUGAGAAAGAGACUGUGCUGCUCACUGAAGAAUGCAGUGCACUAAUCAGGAAGGGGCUCCUUCCCAAACUUGAAGAUCCAGGAAGUUUCCUCCUACCUUGCACCAUUGGAAAUCUAUUCAUCGACAAGGGGAUGUGUGACUUAGGAGCAAGCAUAAAUCUGAUUCCAUCCUCUUUAGUAAAGAAGCUUGGCAUAGAAAAAGUGAAGCCAACACAAAUGUCCUUAGAACUGGUGGAUCAAUCAGUGACUUGA